ACGGAAAUGAAAUUCAGUUUUUAGGGAUUGUUAUAUAUAUUGUGUGAAUGGGUUAUGUUAUACAGAGUAGGCCUGCUGGUAAAGAAGCCAACAGCAUGGUUAACAUUUUAAAAUAAAAACGAUGUCCACAGCGUAUUGAUCUGGCAGCGGCAUUUAUUCCAAUUAUGAAGAACACAGAUCAAUUUGUAACAUUCUCAACGGUAAUUGAUGAGUGUAACUGGAUGAUGAUGCUAAAACGCCCAAAGGAGUCGGCGGUUGGUACUGGACUUCUUGCACCUUUUGACCAAAAUGUUUGGAUAUUAACCCUGGCAGCAGUUAUAAUAUAUGGACCAUGCCUGACACUGCUAACGAAGCUUCGUAGUAAGUUAAUGCCAGAAGAAGAGGAUUAUAUACGCCUAUUUCCGAGCUUUUGGUUUGUGUAUGGAGCUUUUAUUAAGCAGGGUACAUCGUUGUCUCCUUCUGCAAACUCAACCCGCGUUUUAUUUGCGACAUGGUGGCUGUUUAUAAUUUUAUUAUCAGCAUUCUAUACAGCGAAUUUGACCGCUUUUUUGACCUUAUCGAAAUUCACUUUGGAAAUAGAAACAGUUCAGGAUUUAUAUAACAAAAACUAUCGAUGGAUUGCUACAGAAGGUGGCCCCGUAGAAAAUGCUGUCAAAAACCCGGAUGAAGAAGUUCAUUUCCUACUAAAAACAGUUGCGACCGGACGAGGUAGUUUUCUGCCAGUGAAUGAUAUGCCCUCGUUGCUUCCUUACGUAUCCGAAGGAGCGGUGUUGGUCCAACCAAGCGUUUCUCUACAAUAUCUUAUGUAUAACGAAUAUUUACAAAAAACCAGGCUGGGCGUACCCGAAGCUGAAAGAUGUACGUACGUAGUUGCACCUGGUGUAUUCAUGACCAAAAGGAGAGCGUUUGCAUACCAACAUAAGUCGAAAUUGAAAUCGCUGUUUAAUCCGGUUAUAAAGCGCGUAAUACGUUCGGGAAUUCUUUCGCACCUCUCUCUGCGUUACUUACCCGACACUAAGAUCUGCCCUCUGGACUUACAAUCAAAAGACAGGCAGUUGAGAAACACGGAUCUCCUGAUGACAUAUUACAUUAUGAUUACGGGAUUAGCUGCUGCUGUUAGUGUCUUCCUUGCAGAAAUAUCCCUAAAACGCUACAUUCAUCCCAAAAAUGAUACCAUACAUGCAAGGUUCCGUCAAAAGAUACCAAAAAAGAUAGAACCAGCUAUAUUUGAUGGCAGCCGUCCGCCGCCAUACGAAUGUUUGUUUGGAAAAACCAUAGGGCAAGCGAAAAAGAAGUUCAUCAAUGGCAGGGAGUAUUGGGUUAUAAAGAAAGAGAACGGAGAGACUAGACUUAUUCCUAUGAGGACGCCAUCAGCUCUCUUAUACCUAUAGACAAAUUGACGAUUUAACUUUGAUGCUUGUUUGUAAUUUAUAAUAAUAAUAACACUUUAUUACAUCACAAUAAUAUGAAACAUGAGAAAAACAAGACUAAAUAAAUGAAUAUAAAGGACGUAAAUGGGCUUAUUAAAAAAAUUGCCUUGGUCAUGUUUUUAUAUUCCUUUUAUCAUUGAUUUUCUGAUAUUGACGUUUUUAAUAAAACAAAGGCCUACAGGAAUGAUGUACAAAAAAAUAAGUAAAUGGUGUGACCAUUACUUAUAUUUUAUUACCAUACUCUCUGAGUUCUCACAUGCACAGACACUAUACGUACUCACAGACACACCAGUAUUUAUAUCACAUUUUACUAGGGUAGGCCGUUCGUGGCAUUUUUUUCUGAACAUUUGCGGCGUAAGACAUGUUCCUCAGAUUUUCUAUAGAGUUAUUCCUCCCUUAUCUUACGUUACUAAGGUAUACUUACCUUACGUAAGUCUUUGUUGUAAAAUAUUAGUCUGGGUGUUAGUCUAUUUACUCCUUAUGUAAAAUCCCUUAGAUUCCUUAGGUAUCCUCAUAGGUUUUAAUGCUUUUAUUCACCAUGCAAAGAUUUGUGAUUAUUCUAAGAUAUAAACCUUGAAGCUAAGAAUGAAAUAAAAUACUGUUCAAUUCAUAUAUUUAUAUUAACUGUGAAAAUUUUCAAUUUCACUAACAUUCGAACCAUAUUUUGUCAAUGUCUCAAUCAUACAUUAGAAUUUCAGUAUUUUUCGAAUUGUAUACAGCUUUUUAUCAAAUUUUUUUUUAUUAAAAAUCUGUAUACACAAUAAAUUAUCUUCCAACUUGUUAUUUUAAACGUUUCUCGAUUGCGAUAUGGUGCAGAAAAAAAUUGUUUGCAAAAUAUUGAAACCCAAAUGUGACCUAGCCCCAGCCAAGUUUACACACCUAUAUAUUAUGCAUAAUUGUAUGAAUAAAGUAUAAAACUUGAAAAGCUUAUUCUGGUAUUUACCUUUAACAUAUUACACUAUCAUAACAUUUGACUACAAUGAUAAGGCGUUCAAGACCAUAAAAAAUUAAACAUAUCUAAUAAACUGUUCGUGUACGACCAUUUGUUAAUGAAUUGGUAAUAAUUAUCCUAUAAUAAAGACGAUC